AUUCUAUAAUUUUUAUUUAAACACAAAAGAGAUUAGAUAGCAAAGAAAGGGACUUUCUAGGCUAGGCACAAUACAAGGGGGAAAUAUCUUCCAUGGAUAAAAGUCAGACAGGUUUUCAACAACAUGAAGCAUUUCCUGACAGUGGAGAGAAGAUGCUUUCUGAGUGUGGAAGAAUCCACCAGAUGGUACUCUUGGACUCCAUUAGAAGAGCACCCACAUGGCAUGCUGGAAAUAUCUGUCAAAGGUGUUGUAUGUGCUUUAUGAUAUUUGUCAGUCUCCCUGAAAAACAGAGAACGCUGCCUAUAUGGCUGCAGUGAUGUAAGCAAUAAAAGCAAAUCAGAAUCCUUAAUGUUGGAAUGAUUCAGUCUCUUCUCCCUGGGGACCAUGUCAAUCAAGUUUCAAUAUUUCCCACGCUUUAAAGAACACACAAUAAACAAAGAUGGAGACAUUGUGGGGAUGAUUUGAAAACAUAGCUAAUGAGAGAAGAAAAAGAAGAUCCCCAGGGAGUAUUCAUUGAAAAUGGAUUUGACACCAUGAAAACGAGAUGGCAGGAAACCCAGACAUAUUCAAAGGAUUGGUAUCUGACUUGGAAUGUGAAAACUGCAACAAUGGAAUUUGUGGGAACCCUGUGGAAAAAAGAAGAAAAAACAGAAUGUGAAUGAUAUAAAAUACCUCUCUACUCAUGAUAUUUGAAAACAUGACUGCAGAUUUGACUACAAAGAAAGAGGUAGAAUCAAACCUUACUUCAUCUCUCCUGCAGUGACAGAGACGCACUUUCAUCAGGAAGGUAACAUUGUAUGAGAGAGAGACAGUAAGAGAAUAAAAGAGGGAGGGAGAGAGAGAGCGAGAGACAAACAAGGGAAGCCAAAGAAGAAAGACUCGGAGCUCCCUCUGCCCCCUCAUAUCUCUCUAGGGAAUGAGAGAGUAGGGCAGAAAAUAGAGGGACGGAGGAAGAGAAGACUGUUGAAUGUAGUUGAGCAUCGCGUUCAGAGAGCACCCAGCAGCCAAUGAGAGACUGUGAUGGGACCGACACUGACACCCAGAGCAAAGCAGACCAGAGAUUUCUGACAUGGUGUCGACCCAGAUUGAUGGGAGGAAAAUGAGGGGAGAGAGGACAGACAUAGACAGACUUGCGCUGCUGCUUCAGAAAACACAGAUUGUAUACCGAGGACAUUCAUCCUCCGAUGUGCCCACAAGAUAUUUUUUAAGGUGUUCUGCUGUAAAUAAGGUGUGUGGUCCCAGUGUGCAGCACUAAUCUUAGAGACGGGGGAGGGGAGCCAUUCUCCACAUACAUACAAACCCCCCUCUGCCAAUCAGCGAGAAAGACAGAGAGGAAGAAGGAGAGCAAGUGAAGGAACAGGGGAGACGGCAGAGAGACUGAAAAGAGGAAACAGCUCAAGCAGUUAUCUUAGGUGGACAGAGAGGAAGAAUUACGCAGGAACACACACUGUCCAGCCACACGUUACAAGGUGCUCCAGCCAGCGGAGGCGGAUAACCAGCCAGACGCCUCAUAUCUGCAGCUCCAGACCAAGAAGAUUCCUCUCGAAUUCUCUUCCGACUUCAUCCUAAGCUGGACUGCAAGCUUUAAGAGGAGAGACAGAAGAAGAGGGGAGUGCUUUGUAACUUCCUUGAAGGGGGUGAGAGUGUAAGGAGAGUGACAGAGAGAGAGAGAGAGCAGGGGAAAUCUCCCCCUCGCCCUCUCUCGACCCAGAUCACCGUCAGGCUGGCUGGAACAGCCAUGGCCUUCACCUUUGCGGCCUUUUGCUACAUGUUAACACUCGUGUUGUGCGCUGCCCUCAUCUUCUUCGUCAUCUGGCAGAGAACGAAGUGAGGGGAUGGCUGGAGAUAUGGAUCUAUAUGGGGAAAGGAAGGAGGGGAGAAUGUAGCUUGAAGCUGUAGGAAUGGCUAGAGAAUGAGGAAAGUUAAAGAUAAAAAGGGCCACAGAUGAUUAUUGCUUUUGAUGAGCUGCGCACAGACUUCAAAAAUCCCAUCGAUCAGAGCAACCCCACCAGAGCGAGGGAAAGAAUAUUGAACAUCGAGAGAAUCUGCAACCUCCUCCGAAGGCUGGUGGUUCCGGAGUAUUCCAUCCACGGGCUGUUCUGUCUGAUGUUCAUGUGUGCAGGGGAGUGGGUGACUCUGGGCCUUAACAUCCCCCUGCUCCUCUAUCACCUCUGGAGGUUUUUCCACCGUCCUGCAGAUGGGUCUGAGGUUAUGUAUGAUCCAGUGAGUGUGAUGAAUGCAGACAUUCUGAAUUACUGCCAAAAAGAAUCCUGGUGCAAGCUAGGCUUCUAUCUUCUCUCCUUUUUCUACUAUCUGUACAGUAUGGUGUAUGCUUUGGUCAGCUUCUAAGGGAUCAAACGAAGGACAGAUGAUUGUGAAAGGAAGGAGAAAAACGACAGAAUAAAGACCGAACUAUGUCGCGCUCUCCUCUCCCUCAUCCACAGACCUUGUUCAGCUCCUCCUCAGAUCUCCUGGGUGGGGAUGGACGAUGGACAGAUGUAGAAAAAGCUCAAGACAAGCAGGCAUUAAAAGCCGUCAGCGUAAAGCUGCCUCAAUUACUGCCAUUAAAAAAACAAAACAAGUGGAGAUGUAGACCAAAAGAAAACGAGUGCAAUAGAAAGAGAGAAAUAUGGUGAACAAAAGACUCAGGCAGUGUAGAUGUUUUGUAACACCAUUGAAUUUCUCAAGGGCUGCUGAAAAUUUCCGCUGCUCAUAGCAACAUGUCUACGAAGAGACACGUAAAGUGCUACUGAGGCCAUUACAGAAUGUGUUACCUUGAAUUUUAAAUCCAUAGACCGUGGACUUUGUCUUUUUCUUCAGAUAACUUGUUAUGUCAAAGUAUUUAAUAACUGCUAAGUAUUUGCUAUUUCAGUAUUUGUGGUAGAUAAAUGUACCCUGUAUGUAGAGGUACGAUAUAAUAAUUGAUUAAAUUCUGAAUAUAUGGCUCAGUUGUUGCAGUUCGGUCAGGGUAGUUCUAUUAGUGUCCUUAAACAACCGCACAAGAAGUAUAUUUUUGCGUAAAAUCUGAUGGUGACGUUUACAUAGACAUUUCAAAGCAAAUCAACCAAUGAGAUAAAGUACCACAAACCGGAGAAACUGUUUGAGCAGCAUCACAUCUGAGGACUGACACCCCAUGUUCUGGAUUCAUCCAUCAUGGGCUGCGGUGAGGACGAGCGGUCAAGCAGAACGGCAGACUCUUAAUUGAGAUGGGCGUGCAGGACGGGCCGUACCGGAGGGAAGAGAGAUCCGACCCCAACCUCUGCCGGAGUUCAAAUACUCGAUAGACUGUGACAAAUCAUAAAAGCACUUUUGGAAUGCCAACAGAUGAACUGUAGCAAACAACAGAGGAAGACUCAUUUGCGUUGAGUGGGCUGAUGUGCGUGAGACAGCCGGACACAGCGGACCGUGAUGCAGAUGAUGGAGAUGAUGGUGUCGGAAACGUUCGCCGAUGAUGCUUUGGACAACAGACCGACGAUGACGGUCUCACAUCGAAUACAAACUUUUCAGGCAGUCUUCUGUGUUGUUAGACUAUAUCCGACAUUUAAUGCCACUCUGUUCCGUGUAUCAUAGGGCCUCUCGAUUUGCCUCACCUGGAGCUCCUGUGUUGUGCUGUGUCCAUCGGUCUGCUAAACAAGUAGAUUAAUGAUUAUUUACCUAAGCUGUGUGUAGUUCUGGCUUUGUAGAUAAAUAGAGUGGCCGAACGCAUCUCUCAUGAGCCGCUUCACAAGCUAGAACGGCUUCAUAUUAGCCUACACUUAAAAGCAAGCAAUUUAAUAACAACACGGUCCGAGUGCUUUUUGGCAACACUGCCUAUCUGGUUCGAACUCCUGGGUCUUCUUUCCAUCUUGGCUUUGACUUGAUGUACCCUCAAAAAUGUGAAUAUAUAUCCUGGACAAUCGCUAAUAGCACAGGAAUGUGGGCUGAGAGACAGCUGACUGGGUCUUCAUUAUAGACGUCAUCACUGAAUGUCUUUUUGUGAUUAAUAUUAGUUCACAUGCAGUAUCUACAUUUAAGAAUACCUGCAUGAUUAUGUCUUUUAUACAUGAUUCAUUAAUGUACGCUACAGCACCUUCGGUAACUUUAUGGUCUGUAUUCAGAUGAAUACACCCGAAUAUCUUAUAUACUCCAAAAGCAAUUACACAUGUUCUAAUAAAACGAUGUUGCCAUAGAA